CACAUAUAAACACAUGCAUAUAAACACACACACAUAUAAACACAUACACACAUAAACACACACACACACACACAUAUAAACACACACACACAUAAACACACACACACAUAUAAACACAUGCAUAUAAACACACACACACACACACACACAUAUAAACACACACACAUAUAAACACAUGCAUAUAAACACACACACACAUAAACACACACACACACACAUAUAAACACAUGCAUAUAAACACACACACACAUAAACACACACACACACAUAUAAACACAUGAACACCAAAUAACAAAAGUUAAUGGCAUAAUGAAAGAUAAAUAUCAAGCAUCUACAGUAUAUAAUGUUUCACUGUGUGUUGUGUGUCAGGUGUGAUGUUGUGAUGGACUCAGAGUGGAUCUCCUCAGGUGUGCGGGUCGCCCGUGUUGUCAUACCUGAUCUCCAGAUAAAACUCAUCACACUGUUGGUGCUGUUCUGUGCCAGUCUGCUGUGUGGCUUCAGUCCGCUCUGGGUCAUGAGACGGGCAGCACACUGCAGUGCUGAUCCAGGGACUCGGCACAGAGUGUUGAGUUUGAUGUUCUGCUUUGCUAGAGGGGUUUUUCUAGCCACCUGUCUGCUGAAUCUGCUCCCAGAAAACCUGCAGGACAUGAGAGAGACAUUCAGUCAUCUCGGGGUCACAGUGAGUCUCUCUGUGUUUGUUAUUGUUGAUGCUAAUAUUAAAGGAGUAACAAUCAAUGGAGAAAGUGCUCCUGAGUCUUUAAAAGCAGAAAUGCAGGGGACUGCGUUGCACUUCUGCUUCUUCGUUUCCGCUGCCCGAAGUUCGACCCUGGCCAUGGGUUUCCUCAUCGUCUUUGUGGCGGAACAAAUGCUGUUGGCUUUCACCGACCAGUCGUGUGAUCUCUCGUAUGAAAAGCAAACACUGCUGGACUGCAACAUCCGUGAAAGAGAAACUUCCAAACAUUCUCCAGGUUUCUCCAGGAAACGGCUUUCAUGGAUGGAGGCACCCCAUUGGCCAGAGAGCGUGAGGUCACAUGUAGGCCUGCGUGCGUUUCUGCUGGUGUUCUGUCUGUGUCUGCGUGCUGUCUGCGAGGGCGUGUCUGCGGGACAACAGCAGGACCGUGGGAGACUCCUGGAGAUGUGUUUGAUGUUGCUCCUUCAUCAGGGAAUCAUCGCCGUCAGUCUAGCGUUCACGCUGACUCAUCAUCAUCUGCGCCGGACUGUGGUGACGGGCUGUCUGCUUCUCUUCUCCGCCACCUGUCCGGCCGGGAUCGGGCUCGGCGCCAGUCUGGCAGAGAUGGAUGCGGGUCCUGAGGUGCAGCUCGUUCAGCUCCACUGUGGAGGGUCUGACGUCAGGCGUCUUCAUCAAUGUCAGUGUGAUGGGUUUCAUGCACGAUCAGGCGGACUCUCCGAAGCAUCGCAUCCAUAA